AUCGACGUCCGUCAUCGCACCGCCAGCAGCCUUUGUCUCAUCUCGUCCAUCUCGUCCACCUCGUCCUCCUCGUCCACCUCGUCCAUUGCCUUCGACACAACUUUGUCAUCCCCAGGCCACUCCUCCUCUCACAUGCCGCCUUUGCCCGAGACGCCCAUAUCGGACGCGGCCCCGCGGGCCAGCAUCCAGGACCUGCCGAACGAGGUGCUCCAGUCCAUCUUUGUGUUGUGUCCCCCAUACCAAUUCUAUCGCCAGCUACCGACGGUGUGCCGACUAUGGAGAUGCCUCGUCAGCAACCGCAGGCCUGUGGGUGCUCUGGCGCUUCGCAUCCUCGUCGAUGAGCUCGAAACAACGGUGCAAUCUCAGCAAGGGCAGCUGAUCCAGGUCCAGCGAAUGCAUUCGGGUGCCUCGCACUCGCCAAUUGUCUUUACCUCGAUCCUGCACGAGUUCAUGGCCUCGCCCAACAUCGACCUCAAGGGUUUAGUCUGCUCAACACCGAGCCUGUCCUCGAGCGACAGAUUCGUCGCUCUCCGCUGCUCAAUCACGGUCCCGUCGUCUUGGAUACGCAAAUGUGGUCCCGACCUGCUGGCCUGUCUCCACGAGGAGAUCACCGUCAAGGCGCAAAUUCCAAACCUGCGACUGAUUCCGCAUACGAUAUAUCUGCCGCCGGUCUCGCCGCUGUCAACUUGCAGCUAUGCUCCGCUGCUCUUUGAGGCUCUGCCGCCCGCGACGCUGUUUGCUACAUUCAUGCCAUCCGAUCCGCUUCCGUCCGUCCAGUCGCUUGUCCUCGUUACUUCCGGAGCAACCUUCAGCACGCAGCUCCAGCAGCUAUCGCACAUAUUCCCCAACAUGACGAUGCUCUCGAUCGAGACCCAGCACACCAGCCAGACUGUUCUUCCAGCCGCCGAGUUGUCGCACCUCGGAUGCUCAGGGCUCGUCGCUCUCCAGAUCGAGGAGCGCAUCGAGUUCUCUGAUCUCUCUGUGGUGCUUGCCCAUCUCAAGUCGCACUGUUCGCGGCUCCGGCUGCUCAAGUACCCAUUCCCACGGCUUGAUGGCCAGCCGCCGCGGGUGCAAUGCGAGAUCGCAGCGCUCAUCUCCGAGACGGCUCUGGUUUCGCUCUCAGCCCUCAGCAACCCGACUGCGUUUUUCUGGACGGCCCUGGCGAGCUUGGACAGGCCAUGUCUGGCGAUGCGCAACCUGACCCUGUCGUACACAUGCCCCUCUGUCGAAGAUCUCCGUGCCCUGGUUGAAUACUUUGUGGUGUGCUUUCCCAAGCUGACCCAUCUCAAGCUCAUCAUCACCAACCUCUUGAACAAGGAGCACGAAAUCCAGACCCGCAAGGUCCUCAAGGGUCUUCGAGCUUUUGGAGCCAAGCGCAGAUCGGCGGCUGGUCUGCAGAAUUCCCCUGCGUCGUUGCAGGGCAGCCUGCGAGUCUUGGAUCUGCGACUGGACUGGCGGAGUCUGGCCAUGGGCGAGAAGCUCGAGUGGAGCCGCGAGUUUUUGGGCUCGAGUAUGAAGGUCACCGUCGGUAUGAUAUGACCGAACGGCAUUGGAUGCACCGCAGGCGAGCUGUCUGUCUGUCUGUCUGGAGGGGUCACCCACAUCGCCGCCAGACAAAACGAAGCAAAGCCCGCUGUUUCAAGACAAGUAGCAUUGUUUUCUGGAUCACGAAUAC